GCACCGCCGCCGCCGCUUCCUGGUUGGGCGUCUGCGGAAGCGAGCGGCCGUUGCUUGCUGCGCAAAGGCGCCUCUGAGAGCGUGCAGAGCGCCUGCUGCGGGUCUCCCGUGGGACCGCGUCCUGUGGCAGAGGGAGGAGAAACAUGGCUUCUUCCAAGCCGCUGGCCAGAUUCUGGGAGUGGGGCAAGAACAUCGUCUGCGUGGGGAGGAAUUACUCGGAGCACGCCAAAGAGAUGAAGUCAGCCAUACCCAGCGAGCCCCUCUUCUUCCUCAAGCCCUCUUCUGCCUAUGUCCGGGAGGGCUGCCCCAUCGUCCGACCCUACUAUUGCCAGAACCUGCACCACGAGGUAGAACUGGGGGUGGUGAUCGGGAAGAGAGCACAAGGGGUUCCCAAGGAAGCCGCCAUGGACCAUGUGGCAGGCUACGCCCUGUGUCUGGACAUGACCGCCCGGGACACCCAAGAGGAGUGCAAGAAGAAAGGCCUUCCCUGGACGCUGGCCAAAGGCUUCCGCACCUCUUGUCCGGUCAGUGACUUUGUGCCCAAGGAGAAAAUCCCGGAUCCCCACCAGCUGAAGAUCUGGCUGAAGGUCAACGGGGAGUUGCGGCAGGAAGGGGACACUUCUCUCAUGAUCUUCUCGGUCCCCUACAUCAUCAGCUACAUCAGCAACAUUAUUGCUCUGGAGGAAGGGGACCUGGUGCUGACAGGAUCCCCCAAAGGGGUUGCAGCCGUGCGAGGGGACGAUGAAAUAGAAGCUGGGAUUCAGGGGGUGCUCAGCAUGCGAUUUAAAGUGGAAGAGCAGAAAUGACAUGUGGGGUCCCCAGGGAGAGAACUUUGCAACUUCGAGACAAAGAGAUCUGGGCACAAUCUUUUCUCCAUGGGUCCUGGCAGGCUGACCUCUUUCCCCCCCUUGGCAAUCCCCAAAGAUAGGCCUACUCUCUCAACCCCACACAGGAUGGGGAGGUGAAAUGAGUUCCCCUCUGACCCCGCACUCCGGCCAAACCUUUCUUCACCUUACAAGAGAUUGUAGAAGAGUCCCCCUGUUUGAAAUAGCGAUGUUGAGAAGGUUUUCUGUCUAGUAAUAUCAAAUCCCACGGUGGCCUUUCUGAAUAACACGGCCGUGUAAUAAAGGAAUUAUUAUUUUCUGUUGCACCAGUUGCCUUUUAAAACAGAGACUAUGUCUGAAAAUUACAUUAAAAUGUAUGCCAAAAAAGAGAUUUUGCCAUGGAAUUAAAUACAAUCGUGUUAAUGAAAAAUAAAAAAAGUUGUUCAUAAUAAA